GCACGUCAAAAUUUCACCAGCUCGUUGCUCAGUGUUCUCUCAGGCAUGUUCUUCGACUCGGACGACUUCUCCGGCGACCAGCGACGAUUUCCCGGAGCUAUCUCAUUGAAUCGAGUCUCUUGAAUAGGACUAUAUAUCUCCGCGCGCGUGCUCUCUGACUUUGUUAGGUUCUGCUGUUUCUCCCUUUCUGCUUUUUUAAUGCUUAUGGGAAGACAUAAAUGAGCAGAAUGUAUCCAAAACGCUCUAGCCAAGCAGACGAAGAUGACCCUAGGCCAGUUCGUACAAGUGACAGGCUCAGGAGAAGACCAAAACCAUAUGGCAAUGGUCGCCCAUUUCUGUAUUAUAUGGAGACUCGAAGAGGAAAAUCAGGAAAGACCAAAAGGAAGACGGCAGCUUCUCAUAUUGCAAAGAUGUUGGGUAAUCGACCAGUGCGAAAAGCAACAACAAAUUCAGUUACGACCACUCUUCGUCGCUCUACUAGAAAGAGGAGGAUGUCUGUAAAUCUUGAAGAUUACACAGAUAGUACUGGAUCAGAGGACAAUGACCUAAUGAGCCCAAAAUAUGGGAGUUCCAGGAACCGAAUUGAUAAUAACAGUGCAACUCAAGAUGAAAUGACACCUCGACGUGCAGGUCUGCGUCCUCGCCGUGCAGCAUUACGACCUAAUCGUUCAAGAGCAGUUGCCAAAAAAGCAUUGAAAUUAGAGUCUGAUGAUGAACAGGACACUUCUGAGGAGAAGGUUGACCAAGAUGAGCCAGCAAAUGGCAAUGAUAUAGAGGAUAAUGAUGCUGAGGAUGAGGGUGGUGGUGACGGUGAUGGAGAAGAAGAUGGUGAAGAUGAAGGGGAGGAAGAUGGUGAUGAUGAAGAGGGUGAAGAACAGGAGGUUAGAAGGCGGUAUGACCUCCGUAAUCGCACUGAUGUUCGUAGAUCCAUUGAGGGGAGUAAACAAAGGAAAAGAUCUCCUCGUCGAGUACUCCAACAAGGAAUAGGAUCAAAGGUGAACAGAGAUGUCAGAAAAGGAGGACCUCGUGUUCAUAAACGUCACAGAAUGGGACAAGCUGAUGACUCGGAUGAUUCUCUUCUUGUAGAUGAGUUGGACCAAGGUCCUCAUGUUCCUUGGGGUAGAACAGGGGGCAGAUCUGGCCCACCUUGGCUUUUAGGGGGACUAGACAUGCCUGGGACAACAUGGGGAUUAAAUCUUGCUGCAUCUGGUUGGGGUCACCAAAGUGACACCUUGACUAGUUUGAGUUCUGGAAUUCAAACUGCUGGGCCAAGCUCCAAGGGUGGUGCUGAUAUUCAACCAUUACAAGUUGAUGAAAGUGUAAGCUUUGAUGACAUAGGUGGGCUUUCUGAAUAUAUUGAUGCACUGAAAGAGAUGGUGUUCUUUCCCCUAUUAUAUCCUGACUUUUUUGCCAGUUACAACAUAACCCCUCCACGGGGAGUUCUGCUAUGUGGUCCUCCGGGCACAGGUAAAACACUGAUUGCUAGAGCAUUAGCGUGUGCUGCUUCAAAGGCUGGGCAGAAAGUCAGCUUUUAUAUGAGAAAGGGCGCUGAUGUUCUUAGUAAAUGGGUUGGCGAGGCUGAAAGACAACUGAAGUUGUUAUUUGAAGAAGCUCAAAAGAAUCAGCCUUCUAUCAUCUUCUUUGAUGAGAUAGAUGGACUUGCCCCUGUAAGGUCUAGCAAGCAAGAGCAGAUUCAUAAUUCCAUUGUGUCAACUUUACUUGCUCUGAUGGAUGGACUUGACUCACGGGGGCAAGUAGUCUUGAUUGGAGCUACCAAUAGGGUUGAUGCAAUUGAUGGAGCCUUGCGACGCCCGGGAAGAUUUGAUCGUGAAUUUAAUUUUCCUUUGCCUGGCCUCGAGGCACGCACUGAAAUAUUAGAUAUUCACACCCGUAAGUGGAAACAACCUCCUUCAAAAGAGCUUAAAAUGGAGCUAGCAGCUAGUUGUGUGGGAUAUUGUGGUGCUGACCUAAAGGCAUUGUGCACAGAGGCUGCUAUUCGUGCUUUUCGCGAAAAGUAUCCUCAAGUGUACACUAGUGACGACAAGUUUUUGAUAGAUGUGGACUCAGUUGAGGUGGAAAAGUACCAUUUCAUGGAGGCCAUGGCAACUAUCACUCCUGCUGCUCACAGAGGUUCCAUUGUACAUUCUAGACCGUUAUCACCAGUUGUUGCACCAAUUUUACAAGGGCGUCUUCGCAAAGCUAUGGACAUUAUUUCAGAUAUUUUCCCUCUUUCAGUUUCUUCAGAAUUGACAAGGCUUUCCAUGCUUUCUUAUGGCUCUGCAAUUCCUCUGGUGUACAGGCCUCGGCUUUUGCUAUGUGGCGGUGAAGGAGUUGGACUGGAUCAUAUAGGGCCUGCAAUUUUACAUGAGUUGGAAAAGUUUCCUGUUCAUUCACUUGGACUUGCCUCUCUUCUUUCUGACCCUGGUGCCAAAACACCAGAGGAGGCAUUGGUGCACAUAUUUAGUGAGGCAAGGAGAACAACUCCAUCAAUACUCUAUUUACCACAAUUUCAUCUUUGGUGGGAAAACGCACAAGAACAGCUCAAGGCCGUUUUGCUUACCCUGCUGGAGGAACUGCCAUCUGACUUGCCCAUAUUAUUAUUUGGAACAUCCUCAGUGCCACUCUCUGAGCUAGAAGAUAAUUGUCCUUCACUAUUUCAACACCAUAAUGUCUUGUGUGUAGACAAACCAUCAGAUGAAGAUAGAUCUAUGUUCUUUGAUCGUUUGACUGAAGCUGCUUUAUCAAUUCAACUUGAGGGUGAGAUAAAGAAGUCCAACAAAUCAGAGUCUCUUCCUGAACUUCCAAAGGCGCCAAAAGUGGAUACUGGACCGAAGGCUUCUGAGUUAAAAUCCAAAGCUGAAGCUCAGGGACAUGCUCUUCGCCGAAUGCGUAUGUGCUUACGUGAUGUUUGUAACCGUAUUUUAUAUGAUAAACGCUUUAGCGUCUUUCACUAUCCAGUAAUGGAUGAGGAUGCACCGAACUAUCGUACAAUCAUCCAGAACCCCAUGGACAUGGCAACUCUGCUGCAGUGUGUUGACAGUGGCAAAUAUAUCACGUGUAAAGCAUUUUUAGAGGAUUUUGAUCUGAUUCUGGCAAAUGCAAAGAAAUAUAAUGGCAAUGAUUACAAUGGUGCAAGGAUUGUCAGUAGAGCUUAUGAGCUGCGCGAUGCUGUGCACGGCAUGCUGUCCCAGAUGGAUCCUGCUCUGGUUGCAUUCUGUGAGAAGAUUGCUGCUGAAGGGGGUCCAAUGUCUGUGCCUGAUGAAUAUGGGAUCUCCAUAGUGCCACAGUCUCCUGUUCUGACAGCUGUCACUAGGGUAAGUGCACGUCUUAGGAAUGUCCAGCCAGAAGUUAACCUAGAUCAGAGUUACGAAGCUCUGAAAAGACCAAAGAAGCAUGCUGAUAUGGCACAACCAGCUUCAACAUCAGAAGAGGGAUCACAACCCCUAGAAUCAUUAGAACCGAAGUCAUCACAGGAACCUGAAGCUGGUGCAGAUGAAAACAGGCUGGAAAGUAUAGUUGCCGACGAUCAACGUGAAGAUUCCCGUGAUACAAGUGGGUGUACAUUCCAAGACGCUGCAAUGUCAGAUGAAGAUGUUUCCAGUAAACUCAAAUCCAUCAAGAAACAUUUCAUGGAGCAUACAAAAGAUUAUGGUGUUCCUCAGCUAGAAAGAUUAUACACUCGGCUCAUGAAAGGUGUGUUAGAAACAAAAAAUGCUCUAAAUGGUGGCCAAGAUCUUAAGCCUGCGAUUUUGAGCUUUUUGUUAAAAUUUGCAGAUGACAAGUCGAAUUUUUUCAUGUAACAUCAAAAUUUUCCCUAUAGAGAGUAGAUAUUUUCAUUUAUAGGUGACUGUUUAUCGCUACUCAUUAGUUGUCAAAGAAAUUGCUUUUCCGAACAUCUCUGUGCAAAAAUAGAAAGCACCCAAUCUAUAUACUUUUUAUUU